UCCGGCGCGAAGCGGGGCGGGGGCGCCUGUGUUGUGACUGGGGAGAAGGGGAGGGGUCCGGUCAGCGGGGCGUGCGGUGGGGUGCGGGAGCUGCAGCGCCGCAGAGUCAACCCCGGCCGCCGCCAUGCCCGGCAUCGACAAGCUCCCCAUCGAGGAGACGCUGGAAGACAGCCCCCAGACACGGUCUUUGCUGGGAGUAUUUGAAGAAGAUGCUGCUGCAAUUUCCAAUUACAUCAAUCAGUUAUUUCAAGCCAUGCACAGAAUAUAUGAUGCACAGAAUGAAUUAAGUGCAGCAACUCAUCUGACUUCAAAGCUUCUGAAGGAAUAUGAGAAACAGCGUUUCCCACUAGGGGGAGAUGAUGAAGUUAUGACUUCCACUCUACAACAAUUUGCAAAAGUGAUAGAUGAGCUCAGCUCUUGCCACGCAGUACUUUCAACUCAACUUGCGGAUGCAAUGAUGUUUCCUAUUACCCAGUUUAAAGAAAGGGAUCUAAAAGAGAUAUUAACUCUAAAAGAAGUUUUCCAAAUUGCAAGCAAUGACCAUGAUGCUGCCAUUACCAGAUACAGUCGGUUGUCAAAAAGAAGGGAAAAUGAAAAGAUCAAGGCUGAAGUUACAGAAGAUGUAUAUACUUCAAGGAAAAAACAGCAUCAGACUAUGAUGCAUUAUUUCUGUGCGUUAAAUACUCUUCAGUACAAAAAGAAAAUUGCUAUGCUAGAACCCUUGCUAGGAUACAUGCAAGCUCAGAUAAGUUUUUUUAAAAUGGGUUCAGAAAAUCUUACUGAGCAAUUGGAAGAAUUUUUGACCAAUAUUGGCACAAGUGUACAGAAUGUUCGCAGGGAAAUGGAGUGUGAAGUAGAAAACAUGCAACAAACUAUAGAGGACUUGGAAGUAGCUAGUGAUCCACUGUAUUUGCCUGAUCCUGAUCCUACGAAAUUUCCUGUUCAUAGAAAUCUAACACGGAAGGCUGGCUAUCUCAAUGCAAGAAAUAAGACAGGGCUGGUAUCUUCUAGUUGGGAGAGACAGUUCUACUUCACUCAAGGUGGAAAUCUGAUGAGCCAGGCAAGAGGUGAUGUAGCUGGGGGACUUGUCAUGGAUAUAGACAAUUGUUCUGUAAUGGCUGUGGACUGUGAAGACAGACGGUACUGUUUUCAGAUAACAUCUUUUGAUGGCAAAAAGUCUUCAAUCUUACAGGCAGAGAGUAAAAAAGAUUAUGAAGAGUGGAUAUGCACCAUAAACAACAUAUCUAAACAAAUAUAUUUAAGUGAAAACCCUGAGGAAAUUGCUGCACGUGUAAAUCAGACAGCUCUGGAGGCUGUUACUCCAUCUCCUUCCUUUCAGCAGAGGCAUGAGAGUAUGCGGCCAACUAUGCAAUCUCGUCCUCCUGCAGCUCGUACUAGCAGCACAGGGUCAUUGGGAUCUGAAUCAGCAGCUUUAUCGGCACUUUCCUUGGAUUCACUUGUUGCCCCUGACACUCCUAUACAAUUUGACAUCAUAUCUCCAGUUAGUGAAGAUCUGCCUGGUCAAGCAAAAUCUUCAGGGCAAUCAGGCAGACGCACAAAUCCUUUUGGUGAAUCUGGAGGCUCAAAAUCUGAAACAGAAGAUUCAAUUCUUCAUCAGUUAUUUAUUGUAAGAUUUCUUGGCUCUAUGGAGGUGAAGUCUGAUGAAAGUCCAGAUGUUGUUUAUGAAACGAUGCGUCAAAUACUGGCAGCCCGUGCCAUCCAUAACGUUUUCAGGAUGACAGAAUCACAUUUAGUAGUGACUUGUGACUGUUUAAAGUUAAUUGAUCCACAGACACAAGUUACAAGACUACGAUUUCCUUUGCCCAAUGUAGUCUUGUAUGCUACGCACCAGGAGAAUAAGCGCCUUUUUGGAUUUGUGCUUAGAACUUCAGGAGGGAGAGUUGAGAGCCGCCAAACUUCCAUCUGCUAUAUAUUUGAAUCAAAUAAUGAAGGGGAAAAGAUUUGUGACUCUGUUGGACUGGCAAAACAGAUAGCUUUUCAUGCAGAACUGGAUCGAAAAGCAUCAGAAAAGCAGAAAGAAAUAGAUAGAGUCAAAGAGAAACAACAAAAAGAACUGAAUAAACAAAAACAAAUUGAAAAGGACUUAGAGGAGCAAAGCCGGUUGAUAGCUGCUUCCAGCAGAUCGAACCAGAGCAGCGGAGAAGGACAAUUUGUAGUGCUUAGCAGUAGUCAGUCGGAAGACAGUGAUUUAGGAGAAGAUGGAAAGAAGAAGAGAGAAUCUGAAGCCUAAGGUUGCUUACUUUAUUAAAAUCGGAAUCAUGGGUAUAUCUGGUGAAAUGGCACAAGUUCUACAAGAAGUGAAAUGUAGGUGGAGGGUCUGUUGUAUUAUAUAAAAAAACUUCACAAUAUGUAGACCCUGUUAUGCCUUGGUUUUCCUUUCUCAGUUAAGUAAGUAAGUAAGUGAUUUCCAUUUUCAUGUCAGUAUAAUUUCUCUUCUGUAUGCCAGAUGAAGCAUGGUGAUGCUACCAUGUUUAUUACAAAAUAAUGUUUUCUCAAGGCUUCUCUGCAGUAUGGAAAAAACUGUGGGGUUUUUUUUCCCCACUUACCUCUCCGUGCAAUUGACUGCUCUUGAAGCAAAACUUAAACUCUCAUUGGACUUCAGCAGUACACUGAAAUUUUUUCUUUACACUGCAGUAUGGAGAACACCUUGCUGGAAACGAAGGUGGAUGUCCAAAUAAGACAGUGCUAAGCUUUAUCUAAUUUGUUGCACAUAACUGUUCUUAGAUUUAGAAAGAAAAAUCCUUAUUAACAUCAGUGAGAUGUGCAAUAGUUCUAGACAGAAAGAUCUUACUUUUUAUUUCAUAUUGCACUGUAUGAUACUGUCUUGAUUUUUUUGGUGAAUAUAAUGCUGAAAGACUUCUUUGAAAGUAUUUUUUUUCUCCUGUUGAGAUCUAGGUAAGAGCUGAUGAGACGCAGUUGCACUUUGCUGAGGAAUGUAUAAAGCAUUCCUUAUCAAAUGAUAAGAAUAAUGUAUAUAUUCUUGUAGCACAAGUGCCAUGUUCUUGUUUUUUCCCCAGUACAUACAAUUAAAAGCUGUAAGCCUUUGAGUUCACUUCUUAUAAAACACGCUUAGAGUUGCAGGAACAUCUUGAAUUCUAUCAUUUGAAAAAUCUUCUGAAUAUGUAAAUGCCUUGCCACCAGUACACUACAUUUACUGAAAACGAGUUGAGGCUCUUUAAGUCUCUUUAUGGAAAUUGAUUUUGCAAACAGAAUUUACUAGCUCUGAAGUAAGAGACUAUGCUAAUCUACAUCCUACAGUCAAUCCCAUAAAGCAUUUUUCAAAGCAGUGUCUGUUUACAGCUUGUAAUCUGAACUCCGUGUUCCAUACACUGUGUAAUAUUUAUUUUGUAUAGUACUAAAUGUGCAUUCACCUUUUGAUCCAUAAGAGAAAACUUGUUUGAAGAUAAAUAUUUAUUUUUGCACUAAUUACUAUAAAUACUAAAAUCCAGUGGAACAGAACUCUCUAAUAGUGGCAUGAAAGUAACAGGAAAUGUAGAAAGAGAAGAAUAUAAUUAUACUCCAAGUUAUAGUUUAACAGUUAUGAGUGUUUUACAGUUCAUUGCAGGGCAUUUCUGGUGUUCAGGAAUGGAAGCAAUUUCCAGAGUAUCUCCCUGUCAGCUGAUGAUGGCCCAGUCCUGCAUAGCUGGAGUUGCUCAGUGCUGAUGAAGUGAGUGAGGAAUCUCAGGACCUCUCUGCUAGACGGCUGUAGGUGCAUGGAGGCAUCGGUAUCCUUAGCUCUCCUCAUGCACUGGAGUGGCCCUGUGUUGGCUAAGGCGGCACUCUCCUCCUGCCCUUUAUGCUGGAGAUGCGAAUUUCCAUGCAGAAGUUCACUGCAUCUGGCUCCUGUCACAGGAGAGACGGGGGAGCAGUGCCUGCCCUUGCAGCGCCUGGGCAGGACUAACAGUCGUCUGCACUGGGGCCGCUACGGCAGCAGGAGCUAGAGCAGCUCUUGGAGCAGAUGUUACUGGCACCACAGCCUAGGGAAGGGCUUGCGCAGCCUCGGAAGGGGUCACUUUACCCCUGCCUUAAAAGAGGAGGUGGAGGGGGAGGCGGAGCAGCAGAGACCCUCCAGGUUCUCUUCCCAAGUUAGUUAGCAACUCCUGUUCCAGUACAUAUUCAUCCCCAGAGUAGCCAGCCAGUCACUUGCAGAAAUACCUGCUUUUGCUGUUGCCCAGUCAGGCCAAAUGGCAUUGCCCUGUGGCCAAUUUUGGCUAGCACACUGUCAGGUGGACCACACAAAUCCAAGGCUUUUUUCUAAAGAGGAGUGGCAUUUUUAUUUCAUAUACAGUCUUCUAUUUUCAGCUCUCAUCCUUAAGAGGCUGUUUUUAUUCUUGACAACAAAAAUGGACAGAGGCAGCAAAUCCAAUUAUUUCCCUUUUUGUGCCUAAAUCUAGGCUUACAGAUAGUGCAUGGCAGUCAGUUUGUCUCUGCAAAUCGUUCCAGUUCAUGUUUCUUUCUCUUUCGGGUUUUUUGGGUUGUUUUUUUUGGUUUUUUUUUUUUACUUACUGAUAUUUCUGUUUUCUGUCAAAUAAUAUGACAGCAUAGCUCAAGGUUACUGUGUCUUACUGUAUCUUCCUCAAGUACAUGCUGAAUACGAAGUAGUUUUGAAACAGCACAGGAAGAAUAUGAAAUCAGUGGUCUCCAGCUUCUAGUAUCUAGUCCCCCAGCUUGUCAGAGUAGGAUUGAUUAACGUGUUAACCAGUUUAGCUGCAAUAGCGCUAGCUCCAUACGGAAAACAGAUAAUAGAUUAGCAAUCUAUCUCAUCAAAAAGCAUUUCUCAUGUGUAGCCUGUUUUGCAUUAGCCUUACUGAAGAAAUGUCAGAAAAUGGAAUUGCUGUAUUUUUUUCUUGAUACCUACCAUUAUUGUUUUAGACAUAAAUCUGCAAAGAUGAGGACGAAAGCAGGAGAAUAAAGUUGGCAGAUGAAUUUACUGUCAUACAGGAUUUUUCAGAUUUAGCAAUAUGUGAUUGGAAUUAUUCCAUUUGAUUUUCAGGCUUUCCAUCUAUGCCAUUACAUGCAGUUUUUAUAGAACAGACAGCAUAGGAGCGAAGUGCAUUUUAUUUGUGUUGGAUGAUUCUCAUCUUAACCCUUAAAAAAAGGGGAAAUGACUAAAGAGAGCGGUUAAAAGAAAAUAGAUUGAUAUGCAUGAAUGAAGAGGGGGGGUGUGCUUAUUUAGGAGAGUUUCACUGGUGUAAAGUGAGCAAAAAGAUAUAAAAGCAUUUGGGAGAGUGAUGAAAGCUGCAAGAGCAAAUGGCAGGUCAGAAGAGAUGAGGAAGUUAAAUGGUAAUGGUGCAGUGAGGUAGCAGUGGGGUGAGAAUUACUGAGUUUUGCUUAAGGGGAGGAGCACAUAGCUUUGUAAUUAGAACUACCUCAAGGCAAAAAACAGCUGCUGAGGUUUUAUCCAUGCCCUCCUCCCCAAAAUAAAAAAACUAUGUGGUACCUUUUUUCCUGUGAGGUUUAGAACUACUUCAUCGGAAAAUAUUUUUGUUCAUUAAAAAAUAUUAGAGUGCUUAGUAUUUUCCUAGAGAGUGUGACUUCUAAUAUAAACACCUCAUGUUCUCCUGGGAAGAACUGUGGUAGGAUUUCACCGCCUGAGCAUUUUAUUAUUGUAAGUAAAUUACUGGUUGGUUUCCUCUCCUGUAAUUUAUUUCUCCUGUUUAAUAUUUCCUAUUGCCUUUUACUUACAGAUUGAUCUUUCAGGCACUUCAGCUGAAGCUGUAGUUUGCUUCAUGUGCAUCUACUAUUAUUUCAGACACUCCUGAAAAUAUUCUUUCAAGUACAUGAUUUUAAAGUGGCUUUGCAUAGGUACUGAAUCAGCAGUGUUGUUUCGGACUAACUUUUUAUGUUGUUGAUUGCAGCCUCAUAGUUACUGCCACAUUUUUUUCCCUUAGGUAAGGGGAUAUUAAGUUUGUUACACUAUGUAGAUUUACACACUGCAGACCAAGCAAGUCUUCUUUAUGUAUGUAAUGGCAUGAAUAUCAAAAUAUAUAAAAGUGUGCUUAUGGGUAUGCAUUUUAUUGCAUUAUAGGUAAUACCUAGCACUCCUCUAUGGCCACUAAUAGAUUUCUCCAAGUUUAAAUCAGAGGACAAGUUAAGAGUCAUACACAACUUAGCCAUAUAUAACUGGUUACGAGCGGGUAGUGUAAACUAAUCUGAAUUUGGUAGUCUAUUACUUCCUUAAUCUGUUUAGGUUUGAAAUUGUAUCAAGACAAUUUACUAUCUAACAGUAAAGUAAUAUUUAAGAAUUAAGGAGCAUUCCCCCUCUACAGUGCUGUCAGAUUUCAUCUUUAUAUGGAUGUAAACCCAGAGCUGAAAAUCCUGAAACAGCUGAAGCUAUUUAUGAAGAUAUACUUUAUGUACGUUGAUAUAAAGAAGCAAAUUUGACUAUGCGUAUGUUUAAGGUAAAUUCUGAUGAACUAGUUGCACAGAAUUUAGGAGAAGCCAAUGGAGAAAACUAUGUUACGAUAUAGCCUCUUGUUAUUUCAGAAAUAAUUCACGUAGAGAAAGACGACCUGCCUCUGCUUAGUGAAUUUAGUAGAGUCUAAUAGCAAGAGCUAAUAUUUUAUAUUCUUUCUGUUGCUCUAUUCUACAAAAUUUCUUGCAAGUCAAUUAGCCUCCAAGGCUUUUCUUUUUAACUAAGCAGUAAGUUGAGUUGUUGGGGUUUUUUUUCCUGCCACAGCGGUAUCCAGGUUGUCAUGACAAGAGUAAGUCGGUGUGUCAUUGUGAAUGCACUUGUAUUCCUAAUGAAGUUUAUAUUGCAAGCCAAGGAUUUUGUACAAUCUUUCAGGUCAUUUUUAUAAUAGAGUGAAGUGGUCAAAUUCUUACAAUGCUGUUCUGGAUUGGUCCGGUUCUAGUGAAGUGUAAGUGAUUUUUGCAAUGUUUGAGACUGACUUACACAUUUUCCCUGAAUAGCUGUAUUAAAAACCUUCAAUGGCAUACUUACGUCAACUUUGAUUGUUGUGUCUUAAUCUUGGAAAACAUGGAUAGUAAACAUAUUAUGCCAGUCAGCAUUUUGUAGAUUAAAUAAAAGCUAAGUUAUAGUAACUUUCUGGGUGGGAUUUGUACUGUUGCAAAAACCUCCUGCAUUUUUCAUAAUACUGACUUCCAGGAAGUACCAUUAUUGGUGAAAGGAUGCGUUCCCUUCCAUUAAACAAAGUUUUAACAUGCAGCUAUCCCUCUGUUGUUGAAGUGUAUCUCAAUUUUCUUAAUUUUAAUUGUAUUAGCUAGAUAACCUCAGAGGAAGUUAUUGUACUUUGGAACGCUGAUAACUUAUUUUUGCAACAAUCAAAGACUGAACAUUAGAAGAAGAAAAUCCUUACCAUUGUAGCUGGCUCUUUAUAGUGCACACGUUGUUGUAGCCACAUGACAACGUGUAGCACUAUGCAGAGCUGUGGUUGUGAUAGUGAUCAGAAUUCACAUGUACAGAGGCUAUACCAGCACAACCAUUAACGUGGGUACCGAUACACAUCUUCACGGGCUUCAUUAGUUUAUUAUAUGAUAAACACCAUGUAAAAAGCAAUGGGUCAUUGCUACAUUAUGGUUAAAUUUGUAUUUUAUAAGGUUUGUAGAUUUUUCUGGGGAAAAGCAGACUUUUGAAUUAUGUAACUUCCAUGAUAAAGAUGCAUGUAUAACUAGAAAAAAAAAAUCUAUGCUUACUUGAUAAUGAAGGAAUAAAUACUACUAAUGUCAA